CCCUGUCGAAUAAAAUGCUAUAAGCGAGAUAUGAGCGCUCCCUUUCCUCUCGACACCGGGCGCUCCCUUUCCUCGCAGAGCAACAAGUGUUAGCGGCUCUUCGGCCCGUCGCUCCGCCCCCAACGAACAGCCGCUGCCGAAGCGAUCGGUGGAAAGUGCCCCGAGGCGAUUCAACCACCUCACUCGAGCGUCGAUCGCGCAAGCAACUGGAAAUCUUUGUCCAAUACUCCUGGCUUUUUCACUCCAGUGUCUCUUCGUUCCGUUUGCUUUUGCCGCCCUGCCGAGAGACGGAGCACGAUGUUUAUAUGGUGAACGCGCGAUCCUGACACGCCGCCACCGAGAGUGAUCGCUUUCCACGACUCCGCCGCGGCGACGUACAGUGACAGGAGUGUCGCUCGCUUGUUUGUGCUCGGAGGUACGGUGAAAACCUGCUGGCCGGUUUGACAGAAGACAGCUGGUGCCUCGGUGGAGAAGGAUAUCGAGGGCGAAUUUUCACGCAAAUUACGCGAGCAUCGGACGAUUGAACCCGUACAAGUGAAUAAUAAACUCGUGCACCGGUGGAGAACGAUCCGUGGUCGCGUUUUUUUGAAGAUUGUGUGUCGUCAAGAUCGUGAAUCGGUGGCAAUCGGAGAACGGUCUCGACUGUUUCGAGGGAAUCGGAAGCGAGCGUCGGAUCGCGAGUAGAAGCGAGGCUAUCGGAGGUAUUUCGGCGAUAGAAGGAAUUCCGAGAAGUGACGGGAGGAUAAGUUAGAGGAUCGAGGCCGAGAAAUCGGGGAGCACGCAGCGUUCAGCGUGAACUCGUGCGUUCUCGUCGAUCAUCCGUAGUCGUAAAGAGAGAGAGAGAGAGAGAGAAGAAGAAGAAGAAGAAGAAGAAGAUAGGAGAAUCGUGGCUGAUAGUGGAAACGAAGGGGAAAAAGACGAGUGAAACGGGCCGAUACACAAAGAGAAGAAGGAAGAAGAAGAAGAGGAAGAAGAAGAAGGAGAGGAAGAAGAAGAACAGAUAGAUAGAGAAUUGCCGUGGCUCGAGUCGAGGCGAAGAGAAAAAAAGAAUCUAUUGGAGGAGAUAGGCCGAGACCUCGGCGAGUCGCCGACGGCUUGGCAUGCAUGCUCGUUGCCAUCUCUCUCGGCUCGUAAUCGAGUGCGAAAUUAAUUAAACGUGACAAACGUGCGCGCCGCGCUCCGAUACCGAACGAUUCCCUCUCGCGUCGGAGAGGCGAGAUAAAAGAGGAGUAACAGAGCCGAGAUCGCCGAUACAGCCAGCUGAGACAGAGCCGCGAGAAACGGAAGUGACGUGUUGCCGCUAUGAUAAAAUAAUUGCAAUUCAAUCGAUGAACCGUUGCACGUUCUCUGUCGAACGAUGAACGCUCGUUGCGGCCGAUAAAUUCGUGGAUUUCGUCGUUUCUCUCUCUCUCUCUCUUUGCAUUCAGCGAUCGAGAAGAAGAAAAUCGGAGGGGGAAGAUGAACGACAUCAUGGAAGAGGCAUCGGGUUCGAUCUCGUCGAGCAACGCCGCUACCAAUCCCGCCAACUCCAGCAGCCCUAUCGCGAGCAACGGCAAUGGGAACAACAACGCGGGCAAUAAUGGGAAAGCGUCGGCUGUCACGGCCGCGGUCGCCGCGAACGGCGGCGAACGAAUCAGUGCAGCGGUGACCAAAGUUCUUCAGGGAUACGAUUGGACCCUGGUACCUGUUGCUACCAACGACAAAAGAGCGGCCCACGUGAAAAGACCGAUGAACGCGUUCAUGGUGUGGGCUCAGGCUGCGAGGAGGAUACUCGCCGAUCAGUAUCCGCAACUUCACAACGCCGAGCUGUCCAAGACUCUGGGGAAACUUUGGCGACUGCUGUCGGACAGCGACAAGAAACCAUUUAUCGAGGAGGCCGAUCGUCUCCGCGUGAUCCACAAACGCGAGCAUCCGGACUACAAGUAUCAGCCUCGUCGUCGGAAGCAGAACGGGCCGUCGGGCAGAGAGGGAUCGCCGUCGAGGAAUCAAAGCAACGUAACCUUCAACGUGUCCAGGUCGUUGAAACAGGAGGACGCGAGUCCUAGGGGCACACAGGGACCGAACUCGCCUCAGAGCGGGGUCAGUUCCUCACCUCCGACCACCCCCAAUCAAGGGUUGUCGCCUCCCACUCCUCCCACUACCCCUCGCGGACAACAUUACGCGAAUCAGAAUGUGAGAACGAUGGAAACUGGGACGAGAGGGGAAUUUGAUUCGCAGGGAAAUCAACCGCAGCCAAAUAGCACGAUGUAUCAGCAGGACUUGGCGAUCGGUUCGUCGAGCGAGUCACCGCAUCAACAUCAGCCAGGAGUCGACUUCAGGUACAUCGAGGUUGGGGAUGGUCUGUCAAUCGAGGAGGGUCAGUUGAACGGUCUCGGGUCUCUGGCCGGCGUUGGUUUGAACCUUCCGUUGAACCUCCAAGAGUGCGAAGUCGAGAACAACGAGCUGGACCAGUAUCUUCGGCCUCAAGUGCCGUCGGUGCACGUAGCCGCGCCGACGACUACCUCCUCUCAAUGGAUAUUCAACAGAUACGAGGAAGAGAUGGAGAGACCGAACAAACGACACUGCUCCGAACAGCCGAUGGCUGCCGAGACGUCUUGGGAAGACAGAGCGCAGACGGACAUUGUCAGAUACCACGAGCUUCAACCGCCACUUCCUCCUAUGCAAUACAUAUCCUCUUCCCACAAUCCACAUUACUCGCACACGAGCACGCAGAUGAGCCAUCCGCACGUGUCUACGUCCUACGCGCAGUACCAACGUUACGUACCUGGUAUCGAACCUUGGUCCCAUUACAUGUAGGAGUGAAGAGAAUCGUUCAAAGACACGGCGCACGUCGUCGAUUGACUCGACGUUGAAAUUUUUCCAGAGGGAGGGGGUCCUCUCUGUGGAGACUUGAAUGGUAAAUCGUGUCCUCCCUCCCCCAUCCAUUUACGAACUAACUGUAUCAUUAAGUCAAGAUUAAAAAUUUUAUUGCUGACUACUUCGAGCGUGUCUCUGUAAGUAUACAGCGUGUUGUAUGUUUGUUUCUCGCGUUACGUACGACUACGUAUCGUUACAUAUCUAUUGUGUGCGCGCAGUACACCGCGUCUGCUCAGAAAUAUAAAAUUUUUUAAUUCCCUCGUAGAGGGCGAGAUACUCCCAUGCUGCGCAGCGUGACAAAAUCUGGCCGCGGUGCCAUUGCUAAUUUAUUAUUACAUUGUUACGUGAAGAACCAUUCCGCACUUCCAGUGAGUAUGCUCUUUGAACUUCAACUUUUCAACACAACAGAGAAUGUUUCGCUCCUUACUCGUAUUAACCCUUGACAAUUAUUCGUCAAAAUGUCGGUGAUAUUUCAGAUGUUCAAUCCAUAAAUUAAACGAUCACUAGAAAAUUACAAAAAUUGCUUGCAACUGUGAGUUUCUAUUCGUUUUGUCUGCUGGCGAGUCUGGCGAAUCGUAUCGUUACAGGACUGGGAGUGAAAGUUUCAUUCACGACAGGAUUGAAUUCACAGCUAGACAACGAGCAACUUUUCCAAAUAAUCUGUGAGACGCGUUGUACUGCGUUUGUAUGCGUGUGCACAGAUCGUGCGUUGCAUUAGAUCGUGGGCGUGAGAUCGAAUCGAUCGGAAGUACAUAUUCCGCGUUUCGUGUUGAACGCGCGUCGCGCUCUGCGAUCGUCGGACGUGUGUGGAUAAAAGAACGUGGAGAUGUUACGGCGCGCACGGCCCCACGAUCUUACUCCAUGACAUCAUUCCAUGACAGUCGGCCAUUCCAAAGCGCAGAAUUUCAGGCUAAACAAACAGGCUUGCUCGAUACGGUGCCCUGCCGCGUGAUCUAAAUAUAAUAAUAAUAUAUAAGGCUGGAAGUGUAAACCGGCCGCUGCGCUGCCGAGAGCGAUUCGGUUGUGUAUCAGAGUUGCCACGCUCUUCAAAUAAACCUGCGAAAUUCGAUCGGUUGUAAGUCGAAUCGCGAAUGCCACGCGACGUGGUUGUGAUCCACGUGAACGUGUUUUCUCGGCGAAUUUCGAGUUCGAAGACGCGACGGACAGCUGGCCGACCACUCCUUGUAGAAAAGCUAGACACCGCCCCGUCUUUAGUUCAAAUGACCAUUUCUAUCUACCAUUUCGAAGUUUUAUCAUUCUCCUUUUUUUCUUUUUUUUUUUCUUUUUCUUUUGACUCGGAAUCUUUGUUUUUCCUUCGUUCGGUUAAAAAUAUUUCAUGCUCGCUGUAUAUUUCGUAACAGUCUGUUCUACAGAAGUGUACAGACAGAUAAUGUAUUGUUAAUGUAGCAAAUUAAUUAUACGCUUCAGAUAGAACAGAGACAGAGGCGUGGUAGCGAUAAAGUAUUGGAGCACUUGUGAGAACUUGAGCAAGCAUAAAAAAUCGUAAACACCUUUUGGUACCGAUCGAUGUAACGUUCCCUAUAUACGUGUACAGAAUUCAGAUUAAUUAUCACGUUUCGUCUGAAAAUUAGCAAGUGUCCUGACACUUCUAAACUGGUGGCAGUAUCUACGUACUCCAAUAAGUAAGUAUCUACUACUGUACAGAGUUAGUGGAUGAUGUACGAUACGUUAUAAACUAGUAAAACCAUCUAAUUGUUUUUAGAUCGCUGCAAAAAAUAUAGAACGAUAUUUCAAACGUUUCAACGUGUAAUUUGGAAAAUGUGAACAAGCGUUAGAUAGAAAAUUUUAACUAAGGAUAGAGAGCGGCGGAGCGACGAGAAAAUUUCUUUGGUGCUUUGAUGGGUUCGUGUCGAGCGACGAUCACGAUGAAACACAGGGAACCGAAGCACGUGAAAUCGCCGCGGUAAUUAACGCAGGUAUUAACACCGAUAGCCGUGCUUUUGUACUUACAUUUAUUUGUUAGACGUACACACGUAUGUAUUUCUAUCGCGCCGUCUAUAAGAAGCGUGAAAAGCGUAGAUCGUGUAGGAAACAUUUGACGCGCGAGCGUUCGAGAAGUUAAUUUAUAAGUAUAUGACGGUAUAUUCUAAGGUUUGUCGGAAUAAAGAAAAGAAAAGAAAAAAAAAAAAAAGAAGAAGAAGAAGAAGAGUUAUACGAGUCGAGAGAUAACGAUUGAUCGUUAACCCUUCCUUUUCGCGAGGCUAUCAUGGAGAUUUUUCUGCGUGGUUAGAGAUAAGGCCAAAGGAUACGCGGUGAUUUAAUGAAAUCAAAUAAAAAUUUUUAUUCGCUAA